ACCUGUAUUAUGUAUUUGGGGGCGCCUUUCAGCCUAGGUGCAUCGAUAAUGACUGGGUGUUCUAUUUGGGUGAGGACGAUAGCGAUUUAUCUUAUCUUAUGGGCCUUAUGGUGUACAUUAUAGGAGGCGAUGGUACACAACGUGGUGCUGUGAAGAUCCACAAAGAAUGUGUGAGACGCGGCCUCAAGGUGGCAGUUGCUGGCAUUCCCAAGACAGUAGACAACGACGUUGCGAUAAUCGACAAAUCCUUUGGAUUUGAUACAGCUGUUGAGGCUGCUCAGGAUGCAAUCAGUGCAGCUCAUGUGGAGGUCACUAGCACACCUAAGGCUGUGGGAGUGGUCAAGGUCAUGGGAAGAUAUGCCGGUCAUAUUGCAGUGGCUGCAACUCUGGGAAGCAGGGAUGUGGAUUGCUGCCUGAUUCCAGAAAUCCCCUUCUUCAUCGACGGAGAGGGUGGGUUGUUCCAAUUUUUGGAAGCACGAUUGCGAGAAAACGACCAUUGCGUCAUCCUUGUCGCGGAGGGAGCAGGACAAGACCUUAUGAGAGAAACUUUUGGCAACAAGGAAAACACCGACCAGUCUGGAAACAAGUCGCUGCUGGAUGUUGGGCUUUGGCUGAGCUCGCAACUAAAGGAGAAAUGGAGGAAAGAGAAGGGGGAAUCACUCAGCCUGAAGUACAUUGAACUGGUGUUGAGUUACCUGAACUGCACGUCUCCACAAAAACGUCCAGAUUCAGGCGUUGAGGCGACUAAUAAUCAGCCAGAGUUCUCUCGUCGAUCUCAUGCCACCAAAGGUGUGCCAUCCUCUGAACCAAAGAAGGGAGGCCAAGGCAAAGCGAAAUAGAUCAUGGCAAAAACACCAUGUGCGAACCGGAGAAUGGCGACAAUU